AUGGCAUCUGCUAGCCUACCGGCGGCCGUCUCCAGCGUCACGCUUCCCUUAGGUCCCGGGACCUGCAGCGGCAGCCCCAGCCCGAGCGGAGCGGGCAGCUCGACCCCAGGUGGCGCGGUGCUUCCCGGCCGCGAGCCACCGCUCUCCGUGUUCGCUGUGCUAGUGGUGACGCUGCUGGUGCUGCUGAUCGCGGCCACUUUCCUGUGGAACCUGCUGGUGCUGGUCACCAUCCUGCGCGUCCGCACCUUCCACCGCGUGCCGCACAACUUGGUGGCCUCGACGGCCGUGUCGGACGUGCUGGUGGCAGCCGUGGUGAUGCCGCUGAGCCUGGUGAGUGAGCUGUCGGAUGGGCGCCGGUGGCGACUGGGCCGGAACCUGUGCCACGUGUGGAUCUCCUUCGACGUGCUGUGCUGCACCGCCAGCAUCUGGAACGUGACGGCCAUCGCCCUGGACCGCUACUGGACCAUCACGCGCCACCUGCAGUACACGCUGCGCGCCCGCCGUCGGGCCUCGGCGCUCAUGAUCGCACUCACCUGGGCGCUGUCCGCGCUCAUCUCGCUGGCGCCGCUGCUCUUCGGCUGGGGCGAGGCGUACGACGCACGGCUCCAGCGCUGCCAGGUGAGCCAGGAACCCUCCUACGCCGUCUUCUCUACCUGCGGCGCCUUCUAUUUGCCUCUCGGCGUGGUGUUAUUUGUCUACUGGAAGAUCUACAAGGCGGCAAAGUUGCGUUUCGGCCGCCGCCGCCGCCGUGGAACGGUGCUGCCAUUGCCGGCCACCACACAGGUGAAGGAAGUGCCCAGGGAGGCCGAGGAGGUGUCGGCAGCCCGGGGCUGCAAAGCCAGGGCCUCGUGGCGGGAGCAGCAGGAGGAGCGGGCAGCCGUGAUGGUGGGCAUUCUGAUUGGCGUGUUUGUGCUGUGCUGGACUCCCUUCUUUGCGGCGGAGCUCAUCGGUCCCUUCUGUGCCUGCAGCCUCCCGCCCACCUGGAAAAGCGUUUUUCUGUGGCUCGGCUACUCCAACUCUUUCUUCAACCCUCUGAUUUACACGGCUUUUAACAAGAACUACAAUGAUGCCUUCAAGAGCUUCUUUACCAAGCAGGAGUAA